AUGCUCCAUCAUUUGCAGAACGAGUCGGUGGACACAUUCAAGAAGCGAAUGGAAUUGGUCAGUCUGAUCGAUCCUGGUUUCUGGACCCGCUUUGGUGUACAUUAUGGAUUGUUUGUCGGUGCUCUGCAAAGCAACGCCACACCGGGUCAGCUGGGUUACUGGUUUGAGAAGGGAGCCCUUUCAUUGUCCAAUUUUAUUGGUUGCUUCGCCAUGACCGAAUUGGGACAUGGAUCCAAUGUGCCCGGAUUGGAGACCACGGCGACGUUUGAUGAAGCUGCCGAUCAAUUUGUCAUUCACACUCCUACCUUGACCGCUACCAAGUGGUGGAUUGGUGGCGCUGCCCACAGUGCUACGCACGCGGCCGUCUUUGCCCAGUUGAUCGUCAGGGAAAAACGUUACGGCACCAAAUGCUUCAUCGUUCCUCUUCGAGACCCUAAAACAUAUCAAACCCUGCCUGGCAUCAAUAUUGGCGAUAUUGGCAAGAAAAUGGGAAGAGAUGGUAUCGAUAACGGCUAUAUCCAAUUUACCAAUGUCCGAAUUCCCCGCGGCUACAUGCUGCAAAAGCAUACCAAGGUGUCCCGCAGCGGUCAAGUCAAAGAACCCAAAUUGCAGCAAUUGACGUAUGGUGCCUUGCUUCAAGGACGUGUGGCGAUGGUGGUUGACAGCGGUAAUGUGUCCAAGAAAGCCUUGGCCAUUGCAAUUCGUUAUGCUGCCGUUCGCCGACAGUUUGCUAACUCGAAAGCGAACGGAGUGGAAACCAAGCUUCUAGAUUAUCCAAUUCAUCAACGCCGUCUGAUGCCGUUGUUGGCUCAAACCUUUGCUAUGCUCUUUACCGGCACGGAAAUGACGGAAAUGUACAACAAUAUGAUGGCGCGUUUGGACAGCGCCAAGGAAGACGAUGCUGACCUGGAUGAAGUCAUGGAGAUGCUCAAAGAAACCCAUUCUACCAGUGCCGGCUUGAAAGCUUUCUGUACGUGGAACUGUCUCAACACAAUUGAACAGUGCCGUCAAGCCUGCGGUGGUCACGGCUACUCAGCUUACACGGGUCUGGCCGCCAUGUAUCAGGACUUUGCGGUCCAGUGCACAUGGGAAGGCGAUAACACCAUCCUGACAUUGCAAGCUGGACGUUACUUGAUCAGCAGUUACCGCGAAGCAGCCAAGGGCAAAAAAGUCGCUCCGGGGGUUGGUUAUCUCAACCAUCUGAACACAUUAAUUGGCAAACAAUGCAGCGCAUCGUCCUUGGAAGAUUUGGUGAAACCCGAGGUGAUCGCCGAAGGCUGGCAAGUGGUGUGUGCCAACGUGGUGCGUCACGCUGCUUUGGAGUUUGAAGCUUGUCUCGAACAAGGCAUGGAUGUCGAUGACGCCUAUGAGCAUUGCUCGCAAUCACGAUUGUAUGCUGCCAAGCUUCAUUCUUACGGUUAUUUAUUCAACCGAUUCAUGGACGGUGUGGCCAAGGUGUCCGGAUCCGUGCAAGCGGUGUUGACAAAGAUCUGUUUGCUUUACGGUUUAUAUACCAUUGAAGAUAACGCGGGCGCUUUCCUUCAAUACGAGUAUUUCAAGCCGAACCAAAUCGAGUUUAUUCGCAGCAAAGUCAACGAACUGUGCAAGGCUGUACGUGAUCAAGCUAUUCCGCUUGUGGAUUCGUUCAAUUUGAGCGACUAUAUCAUCAACAGUCCUCUUGGUCGGGCCGACGGCAAUGUCUACGUUCACUACUUCCAACAAGUGCAGCAAUCUAAUCCUCAGGGCGAACAUCCUUACUUUAACCGUCUUAUCAAACCAUUGAUUGAGCGCAAUAUUGAAUCAUUAGAAGUGGAAGAUGAAGAGGCAGGGUUAGAAGAUGAAGAUGAAGACGAUGAGUAA